GGCGCCGAGCCCGGAGGCGGCGGAGGCGGUGGCGGCAGCGGCGGCGGUACGAGCGGACGCGAGCAGCAGUGAGUGUACCGACGCUGUCGCGCCGACGGCGGAAUCGCGCGCUCGCGUUAGAUCGCCUGCGACUUCUAAUUGGAUUCCGUCUGAAGUCUUGUAAAAUCGCGAAACGGGGUGGGAGAAGGAGAAGGAGGCCGCGGAAACGAGCCGACGAGGACGCGGGAUCGCGACGACGACGAUCUUCUUCUCCGUGAGUCGCGUCCGAGGACUCGCGAGAUCGCCGACCUACGACACGCCGCCGCGAAAAGCGGCCGCUUCUCAGGUGUUGGUUAACGCCUCGCGAAAAGCAGAAGCCGUGGGGAAGCGGACGGUAGUGAGAGGACGCGAAGAUCGAGGAGGAUCGAGGAGGAAGGAUGAACGAGGAACAAGCUCACGAUGCCAAGCAGCAGAUCGCCACGAGUCCUGAGGACACGGAGGACAUGCCCGCAGGGCAGCAGGGUCCGCAGGUACCGCGGCGACGUGGCGGCAUAUCAGCGGAGCCGGUCUCCGAGGAGGACGCGACCAGCUACGUCAAGAAGGUCGUGCCGAAGGAUUACAAGACCAUGGCUGCCUUGAGCAAGGCCAUCGCCAAGAACGUGUUGUUCGCGCACCUGGACGAGAACGAGCGCUCCGACAUAUUCGACGCGAUGUUCCCCGUUACGUUCUUGCCCGGCGAGGCGAUCAUCCGCCAAGGCGACGAGGGCGACAACUUCUAUGUGAUUGACCAAGGUGAAGUCGAGAUCUUCGUUAACGGCGAACUGGCGACGACCAUUGGCGAGGGCGGGAGCUUCGGCGAGCUCGCGUUAAUUUACGGUACACCGCGCGCAGCGACUGUCAGAGCGAAGACCGACGUGAAACUCUGGGGCAUAGACAGGGAUUCCUAUCGCAGGAUCCUCAUGGGCUCCACUAUAAGGAAGAGGAAAAUGUACGAGGAGUUUCUCUCCAGGGUCUCGAUUUUGGAGUCCUUGGACAAAUGGGAGAGACUGACAGUGGCAGAUGCUCUGGAGCCGGUGGCGUUCGACGACGGCGAGACGAUAGUCCGACAGGGCGAGCCGGGCGAGGAUUUUUAUAUAAUCGUCGAGGGAACCGCGGUAGUCCUUCAGCAACGCUCAGAAGGAGACGAGCCGGCGGAGGUCGGCCGUUUAGGGCCGUCUGACUACUUCGGAGAAAUAGCGCUGCUGUUGGACAGGCCCCGAGCAGCGACCGUGGUGGCCAGGGGCCCGUUAAAGUGCGUGAAACUGGACCGGGCACGGUUCGAGCGGGUCUUAGGUCCGUGCGCCGACAUCCUGAAACGCAACAUCACCCAGUAUAACAGCUUCGUGUCCCUCUCCGUGUAAGCGGACUCUGUCUCUCCCAUCUCCUUCCUUUCCUCGAACUACCUGGUCUCUGUCCCCUCAUUUCGCGGUCAGCGCUGCCGAUCAUCCUCAACUUCGUUUCUACCGGGGGGCUACGUUCUUUCGCCGUUAACAUAGUUAACACUUUUUUUAUUUGAUUAAUAUUUAAGUGAAUUAAUGUAUUACAUCAGCUAUCAGUAAUGUGUACACGACACGUACAUAACAUACCAUAUGGAGGACGGAUACACACACAUAUAUAAUGAACAACACUGUAUCAUAUAUGCCUUCCCAGUAAACACCAACAGCAACAUUACAACAAUGUUGUAAUUACUCACUCAAAAAUGUAACUGUUAUAUACAACGCAUGCUAUCUUACAUUUACAUUGCUGAGUGAGAAAUUAUAAUAUUGAUGUAAUGUUACUGUCGGUUGGUGUUUACUAGGUUACCAUUAUAACUAAAAUUACGUGUGCAAUUUUCGACCUUAUGCGCUUGUGUAUAAAGCUGAAAAUCGCGUAACUCUCGAUUUAGGAUAUUGUAAGGCAUACGUGACGCAGAGUAUACAUACACACACACAUACACACACACAUACAUACAUACGAGACACGGUAUCGUUAGAGAGACGCUGUUAAUAUUAUACCGUAAGGCUAUUUACGCACUGUGUAGUUCGCGACUCGACGCCGAUUCGUGCACGCGAACUCGUCGACGUUGAUCUCUCUUCCGCGCGAACGCGUUCCUACGUGUGAGAUCGUCGCGUGCACGACGAGUUAUCGACCCGUUAACGUCCGAAUCUCUCGAUCUCUCGAUCGAGAGAAGGCAGUUUUCCAACGACCACUCCCGCUUAGAUGUCUCGACCCAACGAUACCGAGCGGUGUACGCGUAGUGGGAACCUCGUCAGACAUACGCCGAAUAGAAUGUCACGGGAACGGGUUCCAGCCGGUUCAGGAACUCGUCGGGACAUUCUCUUCGCCCGAGAACACUGGGCGCUAACGGGUUAAUCCGGUUAAUGGCACGUUGUGUAGGUCCUGAGUGUAUCGUAGAGGUCUUUGAGUGAAACUGAUGAUUUACCGAUGAUACGGUGUUUCGAACACCGAGACUACGACCCAACGUCGGAGACGCGGUCCGGCAGUCUCUCGGGCUCGAAGAAAGUAAAAACAAUCGCGUCAUUGCGCGAGGAGACUAGACCCGAGAUUGAGUCAUGUUAAAUCGGUGGACGUGCAUUGCCCCGAAAAGUCCAAUCUCGAAAUUCGGAAACUGGGGCGAUUUCCCGAACAGUCAUGUAUAAUAUCGAAAUCCGAGAUGAUAUCUCUAAAAUAUAAAUUUCCUUUAAAUGUACAAUCGUUUCAAGGAAGAAUCAUUUUUUCGAAAAUAAUAUAUAUAUAUAUACACACCCAGUAUAAGCAAAAUGUUAAUAUGCCGGCAGAUUGGCAGCAAAUUCGAUAAAAAUACCGUGGCAGAUUUAUAACUUUGUGUGUCCGUCUUAAGCUUGUGUUUUGUCGACAGAGUCUGCUGACAUAACUUGACAGAAGAUUGGCGGCAGCAACCAAUCAAGAUCUGCAGUAUGUUCCAUUCAAAUACAUCAUUUAAACGGAGACAAAAUGACAGAUCUUGCUCAGUUUCUGCAAUCUAUCAUCAUACUCUCUUGACAGAUUCUGUUUUAUUUCUUCUAACAAGUUGUCGACAAACUUUAUGGCAGACACUGUGCAAAAUUUCCUCGAGAAAGUGUUGCAACCUUUAAUCUGCCAACUGUGUGUAUACACAGCUAUAUUAAUAUCUACCAAUUUAUCUACAUUCUUAUUGUAUUCAAAUAAGUAGACCCAGAUGCACUCAGCUGUACAGUUGGCGCCAUAAAUACUAUACCGUUUCUUAUACAGAGAAUCAUACGAUUUUCAGUCUUAUACAAUACAUGAGGUUGAACAUCGCAGAAGUAACUUUAGUUAUAAUUAGUAGAGUUAUAAUGAUCCCAAUUAUAAUAAUUUCAACCGUACGUGUGUGUGUGUGACACGGAAAUGCACGCUGAAGGUAGAAUGGUAUUUAAUUGACCAAUUAUAAUAAAGAAAUCUUAGUUCUUUUUGUACUAAUUGACCAAUUAAAUGCCACUCUAUUCUCAGUGUGAUAUUUCCGAACAUAGCUGAAAAAUUGUGUAACGGUGAAAAGUUUCAAUCUAAGGAAUAAUGCAGCAUAUAUAUGAUGAUGCCAACUGCACAGCGACAGUUCCGGGUUUCCGGUGAAAUUGGCAUCACAAGUCUCGAUAUUUGGAUUUUAAUAUUGUGAUUUCUUAGGAGGAAAUUGUCCCGCUCUUUAGAUUUCGAUACAUAUUUUUCGGAAAAGUGCGUGUCCAUCGUUAAAUCGUUUGAAAGCCGUCGAGGCUCCUAGAACGUCGGAAGCGAAAGAUCGUCUUGCUUCGCAGAACGAACUAUCCGGGACAGAACAAGCCGAUCAAGUAUAUCGAAGAUUACUCGUUUUGUUUUUACCAAGAAGCUCAAUUCGACUCGCACCGUUUCGUAAAUUUUGAAUACGAAGAUAUGUUUUACGGCAGCCGAUUGAGACUCACACAACUGUUAAUUCGCGAAUCGAAGAAGGAUUUUCGAUGUAUCUGAAUGAACGCGCUUGGAGAUAAUCGACAUAUUAAAAUACGCUAGUUUAUUUCAACGUGUAAGAGCUACAAGAGAAAAUCACACGCUUCUGAUCUUCCGCUUCUGACGUGACCCGAUGUGGCUGUAGCGACGAGCCAGGAGCCUUAAGUAUUGUCUAACACGGUGGGAGAACCGACGAUGAAAGUGACGCUUUCGUUUAUUGUUAUAUAAAUAUAUAUAUAAAUAUAUAUAUAUAUAUAAAUACUUUAAACGUUCUACGUUAUAUACCAUGGAUUGUUAAAUUAUUUAACAUUUAAAUUAUUUUAUCAACCGAUACAGCGAGAAUCGGUAUAUAAUUAUAACUGUAUAUUAAAUUGCAUGGCGGCGGGUGUGCGCAAGCGCGCGUCGGUCGCGAUUUAUGAAAUGCGAAACGUAGAGAAAAAACCAAUCGAUCGAAAGCGUCGUAUAUACUUAAUUAAUUACACCGGUGUGUAGCAUCGUCGUGGCGAGGUACGAAGCCAAAAAAG